AUGUAUAUGAUUAAAAUUCAGGAUAACUAUAUUUUCCACGACCCUGAAAAAUUAAAUUUAAAUGAAAUUACCUACGCUUCAAAAAUUGUAAUGGGGCAUGGAAGUAUGCAUAAGUAUUUUCCCAUCUAUUGCGAAUUUCAUAAAAAUUCAAGUAUUCCUAAUGUUUUGUAUAUUUAUGAAAUAAGUAAUUUUCAUGAACCUAUUUUAGUGCAAGCUAUUUCAAAUUAUGAGAAAAUAGUAUUAUGAGCAGCUCUCUUUCUAUAA